AUGCAACAUAACACGUCCCUGUACGACUCUUUGAACGUUACCGCCACCGCAUCGACAUCUGAAAUUAAAAAGGCCUACAGAAACGCUGCAUUAAAGUAUCAUCCUGAUAAAAACAAUCACACAGAAGAGUCCAAGCGGAAAUUCCAAGAGAUAUGUCAGGCAUACGAAACACUGAAAGAUAACCAUUUAAGGUCCCUUUAUGACCAAUACGGCACCACAGACGAAGUGCUUAUUCAAGAACAGCAGGCACAGACACAGUCUCAAAGGCAACGCCAACAGGCCAGCGUUUUCAGUCCAUCUGCCGGUUUUGGCACUGGGGGAAUGUCAUUUCCGGAUUUAUCUCCAGGUGACCUCUUCGCGCAGUUUUUCAAUAGUUCUGCUAGCGCCUCCUCCAACGGCUCUAAAGACAAUUUUAAUUUCAGCUUCGAUGGUAGCACUACACCAAACUUCCCGUUUGGCAGUGGUGGUGGUAUGAACAAUUUAUACUCCCCGCCAUCGAGAUACAAUUCCGAAGGGGAAGGCCGCCAUUUGAAUAGAGGUCCCGACAUCAAACAUAAUUUGAAAUGCACAUUGAAGGAACUCUACAUGGGUAAGACCGCAAAGUUGGGUUUGAAUAGAACAAGGAUUUGUCAGGUCUGUGAUGGACAUGGGGGCUUGAAGAAGUAUGCGUGUAAGACUUGUAAGGGGCAGGGUGUCCAAACGCAAACUAAUCGCAUGGGGCCUCUGGUACAAAGCUGGUCUCAGACUUGUGCUGAUUGUGGGGGUGCCGGGAUCUUUGUGGAGAGUAAAGACAUCUGCCAGCAGUGCCAGGGUCUUGGCUUCGUCAAGCAAAGAAAGAUAUUACAAGUCGCAGUUCAGCCGGGCUCAUGCCAUAAUCAACUCAUAGUGCUCACAGGCGAAGGCGACGAAGUUAUCAGUAGUAAAGGAGGUGGCCAUGAAAAAAUAAUACCAGGUGAUGUCGUCAUCACCAUUCUAAGGUUAAAAGAUCCGAGAUUCCAGAUCGUUGAUGAUUACAACCUAAUAUAUAAGAAAUGCAAAGUGGAUUUGAUGACCAGUCUAUGUGGGGGUGUAGUUUAUAUUGAGGGACACCCUAGCGGUAAACUGAUAAAGCUCGAUAUCAUACCUGGCGAAGUACUCAAGCCGGGUUGUUUCAAAACCGUCGAAAACAUGGGUAUGCCUAAGUUUAUCAAUGGAGUUCGAAGCGGGUUUGGUCACAUGUACGUCAAAUUCGAGGUAACUUAUCCGAGGAGACUAGAACCUGAAAAUGCCAUAAAAUUGCAAAAAGUUCUCGCUAAUGACAAAUACGUUCAGAAUGAAAGAUCCGCCAUGGAAACGGCGGAUGCAGACUGCUAUUGUGAUCUGGAGAGAUCUUAUAACGUCGUGGAAGAACAUGUUCUAAGUAGUUUUGAGGCCCCUGACAUGAAGAGCGAAAUUAUUGAAAAUGAUGAUCUUGAUGAUUUGAUUAAUGAAAGAGAUUCUCGGAAGAGAAACAACCGCCGAUUCGGCGAAAGCAGUAAUAGUAAUAGUAAUGAAACGAAACGAAAUAAAUAUUCCUCCCCUGUAACUGAUUUUUAUGACCAUGAUAUCAAUGGAUAUUGA